AAUUCUUAUUUUAAAACACCAAAGAUAAAAACCUCCAUUACAUCCUCACCUACUAGCUAGCUAAAAAACAAACCUUCAACUAUCCAUCCAUCUUAACUGAUUGGCUUAAGAUCUACAGAGCAUGAGAAAAUGUUAGGAGAUGCUCAAGUUUUGAAAAAGAAGAACAAGAACAAGAACAAGAACAACAACAACAACAACAACAACAACAACAGAAGAUUUAGCGAUGAACAGAUUAAGUCACUUGAGUCGCUGUUCAAGAUGGAGAACAAGUUGGAACCAAGGAAGAAGUUGGAGAUGGCUAGAGAGCUGGGGUUACACCCUCGCCAAGUGGCUAUAUGGUUUCAAAACAGACGGGCUCGUUGGAAGUCCAAGCAAGUCGAGCAAGACUACACAACUCUCAAAGCUGAUUAUGACAGUUUAAGUGAUCGUUUUGAGUCGUUAAAGAAUGAAAAACAUGCCUUGCUCCAACAGUUAAGAAAUCUAUGCAACCAGCUAAAAGAACCUCAUGAAGGAAGCAAAUUAGAUUUGGAGAGCGGGUCUGAAAACGGAGAUACAAAUUUGGAGUUGAAUAGCAGCAGACCAUUGGAACAAGACAUGGCUAUAUAUUCAGACGAAGAUGAUCUCAGAAAACACAAGCAGAAACAAGAAUUAGAUGAAAACAUAAUGGAGAUGGAAGAGGCACAAGAAAUAGUGAGCAACUUUGACUUGGGUAGUCUUUUCGACCAGUUUUCAUGUUCAUCAAAUUGGUGGGAACUUUAGUCGUCAAAUUCGACCGAUAUAUGUAUGGUAGAAAAACAUUUAAAUUAAGUUGGUUUGAUUGUAACAACCAGCCAACAACAAAUGACUUAUAUCUAUGUAUGUAUGUAUAUAUUUCGUAGCUAGUUAGGUUUUAUAAUUAUGGGUUGAAGGUGGUAAUGUAUAUGGACCAAAUAUAUGCGGUUUGAAGUAGGUACAUUAAUUCAUUAGGAUGUAGUUAGCUUGU